GGCGAUGACGCGCUAUGUUUAUGUCCUGCAGCCGUUGAGGUGACGGUGCUGCCGCGGCCAUGGCCAUGUUUCGCAGCCUGGUGUCGUCCUCUCAGCACCGGCAGCAUCACCCGCACCAGCCCCCGGCCGCCCCGGCCUCCGCCGACAGCCUGGAGGCCCAGUACGGCUGCCCCAUCUGCCUGGAGGUCUACUACAAGCCCGUGGCCAUUGGCAGCUGCGGACACACGUUUUGUGGGGAGUGCUUGCAGCCUUGUCUCCAGGUUCCAUCCCCUCUAUGUCCGCUCUGCCGCAUGCCAUUCGACCCAAAGAAAGUGGACAAAGCCUCCAAUGUAGACAAACAACUUUCUUCAUAUAAGGCUCCCUGCAGAGGCUGCAGUAAGAAGGUGACGCUUGCAAAGAUGAGAUCUCAUAUUUCAUCAUGCACCAAGGUUCAAGAACAGAUGGCUAACUGUCCAAAAUUUGUUCCUGUUGUCCCAACAUCACAGCCCAUUCCUAGCAAUAUCCCAAACCGUUCUACAUUUGUAUGUCCAUACUGUGGAGCUCGAAAUCUGGACCAGCAGGAGCUAGUUAAACAUUGCAUGGAAAACCACAGGAGUGAUCCUAACAAAGUGGUGUGCCCCAUAUGUUCAGCCAUGCCAUGGGGAGAUCCCAGUUACAAGAGUGCCAAUUUCCUGCAGCACCUGCUACAUCGGCAUAAAUUCUCUUACGACACAUUUGUGGAUUACAGCAUUGAUGAGGAAGCGGCACUUCAAGCAGCCCUUGCUCUGUCCCUGUCUGAGAACUGAAGACCCCAUUUAGACGUCAGAUCCCCUCUCUCGGUGCUGCCAACCACGGCCGAGGCUUGUACAUUCCUUCCAAAUUUAUCCAAUCACAUUUCCUUUCUCCCCAUGCCUUUUUUAUGUUAGUAUUAUUUUAUAUUAAGGUGGAAUCUUUUUUGAAUUUCAGAGGGGAAACGUGGAAGGUGAGGGGACGGUGGUUAAUUUUAAGGCCAAAAAGGGUUCACAGUGCAAUUUUAAAAAGCUGGAUGCUACCGGGAGACCUUUUCAAUAUGUUUAUGGGUGCCAGUGCUGUGGUACCCACCCGUGGUUGCUUACAGAGGCAUUACUUUGGCAACAUAAAUGGUAUAGUCUGGCCACAAACCUACAUUUCGCAAAGGCUGCUCUUUUGCUUCUGGAGAGGCUGAUGUCUUCAACAGACUUGCCAUUAGUUAACCCUUUAUAUGUCAGUAGCAAUUGGCAUCUUAAGUGAGUUGCUCAUCCUUACAUGCAAGGGUUCACAAAGUCUGUUUAACAGUAAUAAUUUGUAAAAGGGAUCGCUGUAUAUUGUGAUAGGUCUCCUGAGGUUUCUAUUUUGGGUAGAUGUGUCUGAUUCUCUGAAGCUUCCACCUUUUAAGCAGUGAUGGUACCACUGAAGCCAAAUUGGGUAGCACUUGAGUUCCUUCGGAGGAAACCACAAAGCGGGCAAACAAUUAUUUUUAUUUUUUUUUCUUAAAUUUGGUUUGACCAAGUAGAAGUGGGGUAAUCCCCGCAAUCGCACCUUAAAGUUUCCAGUAGCUUUGUGGGCAUGGACCAGCAAUGUAGGUUUCAGCUGUGCCAACAGAGCUGCCAGGAAAAGAUCUUAGCUGGGCGGCAGUGGUACUCUUGCUGUGUACACCUUGUCUCUGAGGGUUCACGUUUGUGCUGAUUGCCCCGGGCUUCUCAUAGGUGACAUCACACUCUUGUGGACUAGAACACUGCAGGAGGUCGUCCCCUUAACCAGUAGUUGCCUAAAUUUUAAUAGCACAGUCUUGUUUAAAUUUUUUAACUUAUGGGAGUUUGGAUCCCAUUGGCCAGCAAUGUCUCCCUCUAGCAUCCUGUCAGUUGUAGUUUUCAUGUUCAUUGUAUUUAUUUUAUAAACUUUUUUAAUACAGUAUUAUGACAUUCCGAAUUGUAAUGAGACUAGCAAACUGGAUACCCCCCCCCAAAAAAACUUGCUGUUUUAACAUAUAGGGGUGGUGUUUGGCUAGUCCCACUAUUCCCCCACAAAUCUUUCACCAACCAUUUGGGGUGAUUCCAAUCUUAAACACAAACCACGUCAUGUCACGGACCAGUUUGCAAAACAUUCAUGGGGCUGGGACCAUCUUUUUCUUUACAACAAUCGGCAUGUAUGCAAAGUAUUGCAACCCAAUAAUGUAACCCCUGCAGUGCCCUAGGCCUUGACCACAUGACUCGGAGGUCAAUGGGUGACUAGUUUUGUACUGGCUUUUCUGAUAAGUUUUUGGCAUUUUUACUGCAUUAGUGUGAAGCUUUGAUAUUUUAUAGUGUAAAAAGUAUGUAAUAUAAACUAAAGAAAAGAAGAAAUGUUUUUCUUCAUACUGCAAUGUUGUGUGUUUGAUUCGUAAUAAUAGUAUUUUUAUGGAACAUAGGAUCUCUAUAUUUUUUUUUUUUUU